UCCACUGAAGUCACCAUCCAUCUUUUCUCCUAUUCAUGAUGUCUAAAUUGCAAUUGUGCUUUUUUCAACCUCUUUCUGACUUUUCGGCUUCCUGUUGGGAUGAGAACUGGACCGAAUGCAAAGCUGCAUGGCAAACAUUUCCUCAGCUGACACUGAAAGGCUUCUUACACUCCUUGUUUUGACGGUGUGGCAAAGCUCCAUUAUUCCCUUUAGCUCUGAUAGGCAUGGCAGCUUGUGACGUUUCGGGGGUUUUGUUGUUUUUUGGGGGGGUUCCUGGCGCCUCCGUGAGCAGACUAAUGCAGGGCAGGCAAGGGCAACGCUGUAGAGGAAAGAAGAAAAAAAAAAAGCUGGUACAGCAGAGAGAGUCGUGUAGGUCAGCCCCAGUGGAUACACCACCAUGUCUGAUGUACAUGAAACGGAAUACCAGCUCGAGUUGUUAGUGUUGAGGGGGAGAAGGAGAGGGGAGAUGCAUGCUUUUAACAUUUCAAAACUUUGUUAAAAGCAAAUAUAAAAGCAUGCCCUACCCUGAAGUAAAUGUAUUCCCAGUGUCAUGCGGCGGUUUUUUGCUGCAAAUUAGCUGCAUCACAGGUAAAGUGAGCACACUCCUCACAUUUCAGCAAGCAUUUUUAUUAGAGAUGCUCGAUAUUGGCUUUCUUACUGAUAUCGGAGAUACCGAUAUUGUCCAGCACUUCAUUUCCAAUACCGAUAUAGGCAGCAGCUCUUCCCUCAAUCUGUCGUCAAAUGAGCACAUGAUGCUUGCUUUACAGUGAUGCCACCGAAUGCAUGUUACAAAUAAACACAAAAUAAGACAAAUACUGCAAUAUGCAAUACAUGUAGAAAAAGUGCCAUAUUUAUUUAAAUCAUUUUGUCUCAACAAAAUAGUCAUUAAAAAUGAUGAGCAAUAGUCAAUUAAAACAACAAGUAAGACAAGUUAGUUCAUUAACAAAUAAGAAUCUAAUAAAACAAUGCUGCCAACGGCACACUUUCAAAAGCUGUACAUUUCUAUGUGGCACAAACAUCUGUAGAAGAACAAAGUAAAGUGCAAAAUAUGAAACUCUGGACUAAUACAAUCACUAAACUUAGAUUCAAAGUAUUAAAGAAAGACAUUGAUAUCAUUAUCGGCAGAAAAAUCUGCACGAAUAUGAACCGAUAUCUAAUUUUCAUGGCAGUAUCGUCCGAUAAUAUCAGUCGUCCAAUAUUAUUGGACAUCCCUAAUUUUUUAUCACAGUAUGUAUAACUUUAGAGUAGUCAGUGUACAGCUUGUAUAGCAGUAUAUAUUUACUGUCUACUGAAGAUGGGACAACACACAGCUAUUGUUUUUCUAAAUAUCUGGCAGCAAAAGUGAAUUGAAAGAUACUUGUGUCUUAUACAGUCAAGCAUGGCGGUGGAAGCGACACAGUGUGGGGCUGCACGAGUGACGCCUGCACUGGGGAGCUGUGGUUCAUUGAGGGGCGAGAUGAAUUCCAGCAUGUACUGUGUGAAGCAAAAACUCAGCUGCAUGGCAGUGUUCCAACAUACGGAUCCCACACACACAUGCAAGAUGACACGUGCCGAGCUGAGGAAGAUGAAGAUGAAGGUGAUGAAGUAUGUCUCCAUCAGACCUGAAUCCAACUGGGUACCAGUGGAGCAUUCUGAAGCGGUUGGAAGUGGAGGAGCGCGAGGUGUCUAACAUCCACCACAGUAAAUGUUGAAUUCAUGUUUGCCUCCAUGAACCACAGCUCGGCAGCGCAAUAUGAAUAUUGUCAUUCAUCCAGGCCAUAUACUCUCAGGGCAUUGAAUCGAUCGCAACUGGACUGUUCAGGUUCUUAGAAGACAUGUAUCCAAUCAGGCGUUGAUGCUCAAAGGCUAGAUAGGGCAACUCUAUAUAGCUCCGUCUAAAGCAGGCGUCUUCAAUUAAAAUUGAGUAAGGUCAGUUUACGCAUUUUAACCUUAUUUUGCCUUAAAUUGCAUCAAACAGACUAGCUUACACUACCGGUUAAAACACUCCAAUUUCUCUGGAGGAAAAUCCUACAUUGUUAAGUGUUAAGACGGUCUGUCUCUCUUCCAUUGUUAAUUCCCUUUUUUCUUGCCAUUUUUGUAGCAACAAAUUAGUUUCUCCAGUACAAUGCUGUUCAACUGAUGUUCAUGAGGGUAUACUGUAAUACCACAGUGUGUUCCGAACACUGUUUUUAUGCAGACAGAGGAGGUAGUAAGUACUCCAGAACUUGGAACACCUGUAGGAAUUAGUUGCACCAACUGCUGAGGCUUUAUCAACCUCCAUUUCUGCAGAACACCUUUAAAUUGUUGACCCAUUUUGUGGUCCCUGAAACAGGGCUUUUUCUAUCAUUCUGAAGUACACACAAUUUUUCAAUUUUGGGUAACCUUACCUUUUUUUUAACCUUUUAACCUUUGUUUUGCUUCAAAAUCCAAACAGUCUUUAGUGAACCGUCAUUUGCACAUGGCUGUGCUUUUAAUGAAUGUGUUAUGACUACAUUUUUCAUACUGGGCUCUAAGCAGCGUUAUUUUCCGCGCUCUCACAACAGACUCAGGUGGAUACUUCCGCUCGAAUGAUCUGUGUCUUUGGCUGAUAAUGUGCCAUCACACUUUUGCACUUUUGACCAACGCUACAGUUUCAGAGCAUAUAGACACAGGAUUCUGGAAGAAUGAACCUAUAUUGGUCCGCCCAUUCACUUGUAAAUGUCCGGUUUUCUUUAUCAACUUUUCCUACUUUUGAGUAAGCCUUUGUUCUCUCAUUCACUUCUCGGCAAGUACACAAACGAUUUCACUGGCGUAUUUUGAGAGACGUCACCCCGUUGGCUGUCACUGUAAUAACUGAAGUAAUUACACCUGCAAACUGCCGCUGCAAGCGGUUCGCGAGAACUAUAUGUCAUUAUUAUAUUUCCUAUUACUUUAAUUGGUCACAGGUCCAUAAAGUGCCAUCACUUGGUUUGUAUUCAGACUGAGGUCCGCCAUUUGGUGAUGGCCAGUCUAAGGUACAUCCAAGUUUGCGUUCUGUAGUAUCGGCCCAGUAGAAGAUAUAUUUUAAAAAGUGCUUGCUGAAAUGUGGGAUACUGUCGAAGAAAAGUGGAAUAGCAACAAAAAAAUACCCUCCUGGAUCUUUUCAAGGACAGUAGUGCCAUCAGUUACGUAGAUUGAACACUGCAAAAGGCUCCAGAAGGUUUUGCUCUUCAAUCUUCAAUCAAACGAGGGCAGUCGCAAGGAGGGCUCGCCUAUUAAUCAGAGCGCGUCUGUCACAGGUGCAGACGCCACCUUUUCUUCCUCUUCCCGGGUAAUUACAGUAGUUGUGUGGCGUGGCACCAGCAGGGCCCCCGGGCUCGGCGGGUCUCUAACACCACCCAGGUAGCUGUCAACCCUUUGCACCCCCCCCAUCCGCCACACACCAGCGGUAGAGAUAGAAAUCAAACUGAGCGUAACCUUUUAAAAGUGUAGUUGUCUGCGUCGGCGAACAAAAACAUUAGUCUUGUUUUCACUUCAUCUUUGUUACCGUGGCAAGAACGGGGGAGAGGACCCGCGGGCUCAGCUUUCUGUGUGGUUUGAUUGGGUCCAAAACAUGAGGUAUGACGUUAAGUCUAGUCUGUCCUUUUGCUUUUUCUGUGGGGGCAUUCCAAAGGGAAGAUUUAGGGGAUUAGCAUAUCUGUACUAAAAACUGUAAACAUUUGGCAUAGUAAGCAUAAAAUAAAGUUAACCACUGAUGAAAUAAAAACGACAGAAUGUCUUCUCAAUGUCACAGCUUUUGAUGAGGAGUUGGAAAAGCACUAUACAAGUGAAAGACCAUUUACCAUCGCUCCUUCAUUCAUUCGCACCUUCAGUUGUUUGUUGGUUAGUUCAUUAGUGUGGUUGUCCACUCGUUCGUUAACCGCUCUUAUAAAACUUUGAAAAUGAUGAGUGACACACAGUGGCAAAUGCACAAAAGGCGAUUAUGUCACAUUUCUUUCUUUUCUUAUUUGUAUUAUUAUUGUCGACUUAGCAGCCAGGAGCAGCCAGAGACACGUGCACCACUUUUUGUACCACAAAAAGAACACUUGUGGGGUUAAACAGAUAUAUGUGCAAAGCUGUCCUCUGAUGACAUUUGUGUCUUCAGAGGUAUCUCUUUCCCUAAAACGUUGUUUAAAGUCCAAUUGUAUUUAAACUCAGGGGUGUUAGGCUUUAUAGGUACCGCUAUUAUUGACAGAAGUAAUGCUGUUAUAUAUUUUCUCCGUCAUGAUGAAAAUCCGUUGUCUGAGUAUAGCAGGAAUUUGUCUCCGUGAAUCAUCAAUAACGUUGCCGCUUUCUCCAAAGCGACAUCCAACAAUGUGAGAAUGAUUAAUGUUAUUAUUCUUGGCCGAGAUUGGUCCCAACACCUCUCCUCCUCCCCUUUGUCCGACGUGUUAAAUGUGCUUGUUAUCGUCUGCCAACGUGUUUAUUCACCAUCACUCAGCACCGCUACCUGAUUCGGCAGCUGGCUGGAUUGGGGUUCUACUGCCCGCAGAGCUGCUGCCACCCUUGUCUUUACAUUUUACAGCCAACGCAGAAUGAUGUCUUCAUAUUUCAGUGCAGGGAGGGAAGGAAAGGAGGCGUCGGAUUUUUUUUUUGCUGCUCGCCUCACUCCUGUCCUUGCACUCCUUUGUCCGUGAAGAGCAUGGUAGAUUUUGUAGGUGUGCAGGUGUGUCACUCCCAGUGACCCUCUUCCAGCGGAGGACUUUAUCAGCGUGGGCAGAAUGACAAGCGCUCACGGAAUCGUUCACUGUGGGCUUCAUUUGUCCGCUGUGGAAUAUAGCUUCUGUCUGCUGGCGCUGCUUCAUAUAUCCAUGUGACGUGUCCAUAUGUCACAGGGAUGAAGUGCUGCUGUCACGCUUUCCCUCCCACUCAAAAUGUCGUUUUUAUGUGUGCCUGUGUGUCAGGAUGGAAAAUGUAACAAAAACAUGAAUUUGGGUUUUUUUAUGUGGGGGUGGGGAAAGGUGCUGGUGUUUGACCCUGAGGUCCAUAAACAUCUUACAAAGAGACUUAGAAUCCUAAAUUAUUUCUAUUCAAUAUGGCUUCAAUGCUGAAUACAGUAUUUCUGAGAAAUACGUUAUGGCAGAUAUUUCAGAGUGGUGGGUGAAAAAUGAAAAAGAUUCAUAUGCAUUGUCAAUUGAUUACAAAUUUUAAUCGGAUUAAUCACAAGUUUUCAAAUUAAUUAAAUAUAAUUAGUCACCGUUUGUAAAAUUCAUUUGCAUGUCUGAAAUAUGCCCAUUUUUACUGUAUUUUUUUUAACAGAAAGAUAAAUGAGAAUACAGGAUUAUAUUUAUUUGUGUGUAUUAAGAGCUCCAAAUUAACUGAAAAUGUAAAUCAAGCUAAAAGAUGCCACACAUCUGAAAAUCUAUCUCCUUAAAAAGUAGCUGAACAUUUGAAUCACACUAACCGUGUUAUUAUUAGCAAUGAGGGGUUGCAUUCAAAGACACUGUGCUAUUUAACUUGAAUUCACAUUUGUAUGUGAGUGUACUUUCCGGGAUCUGCGAGCACACUUAAAUGCUGAUAAGAAUAUUGUCAUCAUUAUGUGUUCUGUUUAUUUAGACCACAUACACACCCAUAAUAAAGAUGUUGUUGUGAUGUUCAGAGUGUCUGUGAAUGCACCACAUGUGAGUGUGGUAAAUAAUGACGAAGCGUUAUUCCGAGGCUGUACGGAGAGACGUGUUGCGAGUUGGAGUUGCAUACAGUAUACUGUAUGGUCUUGGAGUGGCAUUGCUGUUGAUGUGCUGAGGUUGGAAUGAAGUUAUACAAGAAUGUAAUUAAUUAUUUCAAUAAUUUCAUUACCGCCAUUAACACCUUACUUUUGACAGUCCUACAUUUUUUGCAACAACACUCAUACUAGGUCUGCGACACUUUAGUUGAGAUUCACUGAUUGUCAUUUGUCAUAGAGGCUAGGUUCCCAAAGUGGAGUACACAUACCCCCAGGGGUACACCAAUUGUCACGUGAAUAAAAAUGAAAAACAAUUAGCGCUGAACACUCACAAUUUCGAGUUUCAUUUAAAUUGAUGUUCCAAUCCCCGCAUGGCACAGUGUGUGUUUUUGUACUUCGGAAACUGCUUUAUCGUGAUUGUUAAACAUUCCCCUUCAAUUUGGUAUUAAAUUAAAAAGCAGACUUACACCAUAGCCAUCGUGAGUGGACAAAAAAGUGAAGCUCAAAUUCAACCCAUUCAAACAGAAGGAUGCCAACAUCAGACUGGAAUAAAAGAUGUGUAGGAUGAUUACUUAUCUAUUUAUCAGUACUCAUGUGAAACUUUUAUCAAAAUGUAACCAUGCAAAAUCCACAUUUUUGACCUGGAAUUACUAUCAAAUUAAUUAACCAAUUAAAUAUGUUCAAUAUUUCAAGUUAAUUAGGGUUAGGGUUAGGUCAGAUAAAAAGGUUUUUGUUUUUUAAGUGUGUAGGAGUGGGGUUACAUGGCGUCAGGUGAAAAGUCUGAAGGGGUACGCGACUGUAAAAAGUUUAGGAUCCACUGUCAUAGAUGGUUCGUGGCAGGAAAACAAAGGCUUGGAAACAGAUAUCGUCGUAUUUGUAGUGUCAGGUGUUUUGUAAAUUUAAACACAGAGAUAUCACGUAUUAGUCACUCGGAAGUAAACAGCAAACAGAUUAGACUGAUAACUGUCCACAGGAUUUUUAAUUGAAUUCAGCACCAAAUGAUUGUCCCACUUAUAGAUCCUCUUGUGUAUGCCUAUAUUGAUGCAUUAUUCAGUGGGAAAAUAGGUAAAAUGUGGAAAAAUUACCCCUAAUCUGAGAUAAUAACCUUGUCUUUCCUGACAUUAUAUGUACGCAUUGCACUGUAUGUACAGUAUGUAUGUGUGUUUGUGUGCACGUGUGUGCACAUGUGUGCGUGUGUGUAUGCGUGCAUGUGUGCGUGUGUGUGUGUUUGUGUGUGUGUGCGCGUGCAUGCCAUGUCACCUGUUUCCAGAACACUGUUGUCUUUCACUGUGGUGUGUUCCUCUCCACUCUGCCAUUCCAUUGCUCACCUCCAUCCAAAUCACUUCAUCCGCGCACAGAUCAGCGCGAAGUACGAAGAGUCCCGCCCAGAUUCUCCAUCCCGCCCACCAACCAGGAAGUGAUGCCAGGUGGCAGCGUCAACCUGACGUGCGUCGCGGUGGGCUCGCCGAUGCCCUACGUCAAGUGGAUGAUGGGCCUGACGGAGCUGACUAAGGAGGAGGAGAUGCCAAUGGGGCGCAACGUGCUGGAGGUGACCAACAUCCGAGAGUCGGGAAACUACACCUGCGUGGCCAUGUCCUCGCUGGGCUUGAUUGAAGCCACAGCUCAGGUCACCGUCAAAGCCCUGCCAAAGCCCCCCACUUCUCUCAUUGUGACUGAGACCACAGCCACCAGUGUAACACUGACUUGGGACUCAGGCAACCCAGAACCCGUGUCCUACUACAUGAUCCAGUACCGAGCCAAGACGUCAGACAAUGGCUUCCAGGAAGUGGAAGGCGUCGCCACCACCCGCUACAGCAUCGGUGGACUUAGCCCCUACUCAGAAUACGAGUUCCGUGUGAUGGCCGUCAACAACAUCGGCCGCGGACCACCCAGUGAAACUGUGGAGACGCGUACCGGUGAACAGGCCCCCUCCUCACCGCCCCUGCACGUCCAAGCUCGAAUGCUGAGUGCCACUACCAUGCUGGUCCAGUGGGAGCCGCCUGAGGAGCCCAACGGGCAUAUCCGCGGCUUCCGGGUGUACUACAGCUCAGAUCACAGCGCUCCACUCAGCGCCUGGCAGAAACACAACACAGAUGACAGCAGCCUGACCACCAUCUCUGGCCUGACGCCCGAUAUCACCUACAGCCUCAGGGUGUUAGGGUUUACCUCCGUGGGUGACGGUCCGCCCUCAGAAAUCCUUCAAGUCAAGACUCAGCAAGGAGUGCCUUCCCAGCCAUCCAGCUUUGAGGCUGAAGCAGAAUUGGACACCCGCAUUGCACUGUCAUGGCUGUGGCCCGUGCAGGAUCCCAUUAUAAAGUAUGAGCUGCAAUACUGGGAAGCCGACGCGGACAACAAGAUACACGUCACUUUCGACCCAGCGGGCUCGUACGCCGUGGAUGGUCUGAAGCCCAACACGCUGUACCGCUUCUCACUGGCGGCCCGCUCUGAAAACGGUUUAGGCGUCUACACCCAGCCCAUCGAAGCUCGCACUGCCCAGUCCACCCCCUCCGCACCCCCCCAGGAGGUCCGCCUGUACAGCCUGAGUUCCACCAGCCUCAAGGUGAGUUGGGCAGCCCCGCCCGCCGCCAGCCGUCACGGCGCCAUCGUGCGCUACACGGUCAGCUACCAAGCACUGGCCGGCGACGACACGGAGCGUCACGAGGCCACGGGUAUCGGCUCCGGAGCCACCGACUAUAUCAUGGAGGACCUGGAGAAGUGGACUGAGUAUCAGGUGUGGGUGAGGGCUCACACGGACGUAGGGCCGGGCCCCGAGAGUGCUCCGGUGAGGAUGAAAACCAAAGAGGAUGUGCCGGGAGCGCCCCCUAGGAAGCUGGAGGUGGAUGUGGUGAACUCCACCACCAUCCGGGUCACCUGGAAGCCACCCCUGCAGGGCAAGCAGCACGGCCAAAUUAGAGGUUACCAGGUCAUCUUCUCCCGCCUGGAGAACGGCGAGCCGCGGGGACAGCCCGACAUGCUGGACGUGACCUUGCCGGAGGCGCAGUGGAAUAUUCAGGAGUCCACCGAGCAUGAGGCCAUUAUUAGCAGUCUGCAUUCUGAGACCACCUACUCUGUCACUGUGGCGGCGUACACUACUAAGGGAGAUGGCCCCCGUAGCAAAGCUAAAGUUUUCACCACCCCCGGUGCAGUGCCAGGCAAGCCCACCAUGAUGAUCAGCACCACUAUGGGCAACACUGCUCUCAUCCAGUGGCAGCCGCCCAAGGACAUGGUGGGGGAGCUGGUGGGCUACCACCUGCAGUACAAGCGCAUCGACGAUGACUCGUAUACCUCGCGUGAGCUAAGGAAGACCGACGACCACUUCACGGCCACAGGGCUGCACAAGGGCGCCACCUAUGUCUUCCACCUCAGCGCCCGCAACCGCGCCGGAAUUGGCGAGCCCUACACCAAAGAGAUCAGCACCCCCGAAGACACGCCGUCCGGAUUCCCGCUGAACCUCCAGGUCACGGGCUUGACCCAGUCCAGCACCCAGUUGACGUGGGACCCUCCGCUGCUGGCCGAAAGGAACGGCAAGAUCGUGUCCUACAUGGUGGUCUACAGGGACAUCAACAGCCAGCAGAACAGCACCAACCGCACGGGCGACACCCGCAUGACCAUCCAGGGCCUCAACCCUGACACCACCUAUGACAUCAGGGUGCAGGCCUUCACCAGCAAGGGCGGGGGACCCCUUAGUCCCAGCAUCCAGAGCAGGACCAUGUCUAAUGAUUUUCCCACCUUGAACUUUGGCGUGAAAGCCGUCAUGAAGACGUCGGUCCUCCUCACAUGGGAUUUGCCUCCGAAUUACAAGUCCCAAGUGCCUUUCAAGAUCCUGUACAACCAGCAAAGCGUGGAGGUGCAGGGCAACCUGAAGCGGAAGCUGAUCACACAGCUGCAGCCUGACACCGAUUACUCCUUUGUGCUAACCAGCCGGGGCAACAUCGCAGGGGGUUUGCAGCAGCAAGUGUCCAUCCGCACCGCCCCCGACCUCAUCAAGACCAAGCCUGUCUACACCACGCAUCAGGCGCAGGGUGGCAAAAUGACCAUUGACCUGCCCAAAGUGCUCACCACCACGCGCGUCAGCUGGUACUACAUCGGGGUGUUGCCUGUGUCCCAGUCGAGCCGGCGCUGGAAGAAUCCAGACGAGAUGGACCUGGAUGAGCUGGUGAAGUCAAGCAAGGGUCCCGCCCUGAGGCGGCGGCGGCGCAGCCACCUGGACUCGUCCAAGCCUUACAUAGCCGCCAAGCUGCCCUCACUGCCGCCCACCUUCACCCUUGGCGACGAGAAGUGGUACGACGGCUUCUACAACAAGCCGCUCACCAGCCAGCAGGAGUAUGUGUGCUUCGUCGUGGCUGAGCUGCGAGACGAUGGGGACGACAGCGCUGCAAAUUAUAUGACGUAUUCGGCUAGUCCCUAUUCAGACCUGAUCCAGGUCACCACGCAGUCUCUGGCUCAGGGACCGGAGCAAACUGAAAUGCUGUGGGUGAUGGGCCCAGUAUUUGCUGUCGUCCUCAUCAUAAGCAUCGUCAUUGCCAUCCUGCUCUUCAAGAAGAAGCGGGCGUCACCGCUGCCCAAGGACGAGCAGUCUGGCGGGGUGAAAGACUCCCUGCUGGCCAACUCCUCCGACCCUGUGGAGAUGAGACGACUCAACUACCAGACGCCAGGUCCCAGCUCUCACCGCUGCCCCAACACGCCAAGAAUGCGAGAGCACCCGCCCAUCCCCGUUCUGGACCUGGCCGACCACAUAGAGCGACUCAAGGCCAACGACGGCCUGCGCUUCUCCCAGGAGUACGAGUCCAUCGAUCCGGGCCAGCAGUUUACCUGGGAAAACUCCAACAUGGAAGUGAACAAACCAAAGAACCGCUAUGCCAACGUCAUCGCCUAUGACCAUUCCAGAGUGGUACUCACCUCCGUCGACGCUGUCCCCGGCAGCGACUACCUCAACGGCAACUACAUUGACGGCUACAGGAAGCAGAACGCCUACAUCGCCACCCAGGGCCCCCUGCCCGAGACACUCAGCGACUUCUGGAGGAUGGUGUGGGAGCAGAGGUCCAGCACUAUCGUCAUGAUGACGCGAUUAGAGGAGAAGUCUCGGGUGAAGUGUGACCAGUACUGGCCGGUGCGAGGAACCGAGACCUACGGGAUGAUCCAGGUCACCAUGCUGGACACGGUGGAGUUGGCCACUUACAGCGUGCGCACUUUCGCGCUCUACAAGAACGGCUCCAGCGAGAAGCGAGAGAUGCGGCAGUUCCAAUUCAUGGCCUGGCCCGACCACGGAGUGCCUGAGUAUCCCACUCCCAUCCUGGCCUUCCUGAGGCGCGUCAAGGCCUGCAAUCCUCCGGAUGCUGGGCCCAUGGUAGUUCACUGCAGCGCCGGUGUGGGCAGGACUGGUUGCUUCAUCGUCAUCGAUGCCAUGCUGGAGCGCAUGAAGCACGAGAAGUCGGUGGACAUCUACGGCCACGUGACGUGCAUGCGGGCCCAGCGCAACUACAUGGUGCAGACAGAGGACCAGUACAUCUUCAUCCACGAGGCCCUGUUGGAGGCAGCCACCUGCGGGAACACGGAGGUGCCGGCACGCAACCUCUACGCCCACAUCCAGAAACUGACACAGCCGCCACCCGGCGAGACGGUCACUGCCAUGGAGCUGGAGUUCAAGCGCCUGGCCAACUCCAAGGCCCACACGUCUCGCUUCAUCAGUGCCAACUUGCCGUGCAACAAGUUCAAGAACCGCCUGGUCAACAUCAUGCCUUUCGAGUCCACGCGUGUCUGCCUGCAGCCCAUCCGCGGCGUGGAGGGUUCCGACUACAUCAACGCCAGCUGCAUCGACGGCUACAGACAGCAGAAGGCCUACCUGGCCACGCAGGGCCCGCUGGCCGAGACCACCGAGGACUUCUGGAGAAUGUUGUGGGAGCACAACUCCACCAUCGUGGUCAUGCUCACCAAGCUAAGAGAGAUGGGACGGGAGAAGUGUCACCAGUACUGGCCGGCCGAGCGCUCGGCCAGGUACCAGUACUUUGUGGUGGACCCCAUGGCAGAGUACAACAUGCCUCAGUACAUCCUGAGAGAGUUCAAGGUCACAGAUGCCAGGGAUGGCCAGUCCAGAACCAUCCGCCAAUUCCAGUUUACCGACUGGCCCGAGCAGGGAGUGCCAAAAACCGGGGAGGGCUUCAUCGACUUCAUUGGACAAGUGCACAAAACUAAGGAGCAGUUUGGACAGGACGGACCAAUCACUGUACACUGCAGUGCCGGGGUGGGCCGGACCGGCGUCUUCAUCACGCUCAGCAUCGUGCUGGAGAGGAUGCGGUACGAGGGCGUGGUCGACCUCUUCCAGACGGUCAAGACACUUCGCACCCAGCGGCCCGCCAUGGUGCAGACCGAGGACCAGUACCAGCUGUGCUACCGGGCGGCUCUGGAAUACCUGGGGAGCUUCGACCACUAUGCAACGUAACCGCAGGGACCGAGCCACCUGCCCAAUGGGACCCUCUCAGGAGCGUGCCAAGUGUCCCAUCGCAGCCACCAUCCAUUUACCCCGAAAACAAAAUAUGAAAACACUAGACCCCCUAGACAAGGGGGAAGUGCGCCGCUUGCAGGGCCCGGUGGACCCCCCCGGGUUGGAGCCAAUAUCACACAAGAGAUACAAGCAUUUUUUUUAUUUUGCUUUAAAGCGCUGCAGAGCGGACUUGUACAGUCGACAGUCCAUAGAACCAUUUUUAAUGUUAUCCUUUAGUGUACUUUUUUUUUUUGCUUUUGAAUCAUCUUUUUAACACAGCUUGUGUCUUAAUGUGGCCCCCACUGCUAUGGGUCUUCUUUCUUUUCAUAACCACUUUACUUUGAAUUGUUUUAUUCUUUUUUUAAUUAUUAUUAUUCUCAU